AGCGGGGUGCGCUGGCAGCCUCUGAUAUAUCUGCGCUUGCGUAGCAGCUUCGGACCACUCGGACGGAGGAGACAAAAUGGCGUUGCGAGCGAUGCGAGGGAUCGUGAACGGGGCCGCACCCGAGCUCCCGGUUUCCACUAGCCGGCCCGUGGUGGGCUCCCGGGAGCAGGCGCUGGCAGUUAGCCGGAACUACCUCUCACAGCCUCGUCUCACAUACAAGACAGUUUCAGGAGUCAAUGGUCCUCUAGUGAUCUUAGAUCAUGUUAAGUUCCCCCGAUAUGCUGAGAUUGUCCACUUAACACUACCAGAUGGGACAAAGAGAAGUGGACAAGUCUUAGAAGUUAGUGGUUCCAAAGCAGUGGUUCAGGUAUUUGAAGGGACUUCAGGUAUAGAUGCCAAGAAAACAUCCUGUGAGUUUACUGGGGAUAUUCUCCGAACACCAGUGUCUGAAGAUAUGCUUGGUCGGGUAUUCAAUGGAUCAGGAAAACCUAUUGACCGAGGUCCUGUUGUACUGGCUGAAGACUUCCUGGACAUCAUGGGCCAGCCAAUCAAUCCUCAGUGUCGAAUCUACCCGGAGGAAAUGAUUCAAACUGGCAUUUCUGCCAUAGAUGGCAUGAACAGUAUUGCUAGGGGACAGAAAAUUCCUAUCUUCUCUGCUGCUGGCUUACCACAUAAUGAGAUUGCAGCUCAAAUCUGUCGUCAGGCUGGUUUGGUAAAAAAAUCCAAAGAUGUAGUGGACUAUAGUGAGGAAAAUUUUGCAAUUGUAUUUGCUGCUAUGGGUGUAAACAUGGAAACUGCCCGAUUUUUCAAGUCUGACUUUGAAGAAAAUGGCUCAAUGGACAAUGUCUGCCUGUUUUUGAACUUGGCUAAUGAUCCAACCAUUGAGCGAAUUAUCACUCCUCGUUUGGCUCUAACUACAGCUGAAUUUCUGGCCUAUCAAUGUGAGAAACAUGUACUGGUUAUCCUAACAGACAUGAGUUCUUAUGCUGAAGCACUUCGAGAGGUUUCAGCAGCCAGAGAAGAGGUUCCUGGUCGACGAGGUUUUCCAGGUUACAUGUAUACAGAUUUAGCCACAAUAUAUGAACGUGCUGGCCGAGUAGAAGGUAGAAAUGGCUCAAUUACUCAAAUUCCUAUUCUCACCAUGCCCAAUGAUGAUAUCACUCACCCCAUCCCUGACUUGACUGGAUAUAUUACAGAGGGGCAGAUUUAUGUGGACAGACAACUGCAUAAUAGACAGAUCUACCCACCUAUUAAUGUGCUACCCUCAUUGUCACGUUUAAUGAAGUCUGCUAUUGGAGAAGGUAUGACCAGAAAGGAUCAUGCUGAUGUAUCUAACCAGCUGUAUGCUUGCUAUGCAAUUGGUAAAGAUGUACAAGCUAUGAAAGCUGUAGUUGGAGAAGAAGCCCUUACCUCAGAUGAUCUUCUUUACUUGGAAUUUUUGCAGAAGUUUGAGAGGAACUUUAUUGCUCAGGGUCCUUAUGAAAACCGCACUGUCUAUGAGACUUUGGACAUUGGCUGGCAGCUGCUCCGAAUCUUCCCCAAAGAAAUGCUGAAGAGAAUUCCUCAGAGCACCUUGAGCGAAUUUUACCCUCGAGACUCAGCAAAGCAUUAAUUAUCUGCUACUCCAUCGAUGACUCGAUACUCUUGUGAAAUACUGGUUCUGUUUUCUUUAUUCCCUUUGCACUCCCACCCCUACCUUUGUGUUGGAAUUUAUCUUGUUACCCUGUAAUUAAAAACAAAGAAUAGGUAACAUAUUGUGCCAGUGUUGCAAUGUUUUAAACUGCUAACAGACUUUAAAAUACUCCCUAUUCAGAAAACCAGUAUUUUCAGUUUUGUUUGUUUUUUAAAAGUGAUCAUAGGAGUAAAGGUAAAGUUCUUUUACUGGUGUUUGCAUAUAUAGUGGUAUAGCUAACUUGUCUAAAAAUGUCCUCAUUAUGUGGAUCUCCUAGAUCUUACUUUGAUAAGAUCCUCAACUAUCUGAAAUUUAUAAUUCUUUGACUUCCAAAUUAGGGGCAGGAUCAAAUCUGACAGAAUCCUUUUCUCAAAAGAGCCAAGAAACUCUUCCCUGAGCAUUGUUUUUUGAAAUCUUUGUGUGCCUCUAGUCUGUGCUGUUGCUCAAAGCAGAUGGCUUUUACUAUCUACCUGCUCUUUCAUAUUUAAUGAGAUUAGGAAAGGAGUUUCCUUUUCCUUCAUUUUAUAUAUAUGACUUGGAUCUCACUAUGUUCUCUCCCUGUGGGUACUAUAGAAUCAUGCAGUUUUUGCACAGCUGGUAUUGCUCUGAUGGUCGUGAGAUGCCUUGUCUUGAUGAUUCUACUGGGUUUCCAUUCAAAAGAAUCAUAUAACCAAAAUAAUUGCAUUGUUAUUUGAGAAGAAUUGAGGGCUCAGUUUUAAAACCAGAAAGAAACCUGUAUCUAUUGGAUGUUCUGAUAAGUUAGAGGUUGUAAGUCUGUAAAUUGUUCAGCAGAUGUAUACCAUGGGAGGAAAAAACUCUUGUGUUUUCUGUGUAUGAAUACUAUAAACUUUGUUAAAAAACAGUCAUUAGAAAAACCCAUUUGGUCCUACUUUCUGACCUAUGUAUGCCUUUUUCAGGGUAAUCUUGUGGCACAGUGAUAGUAUUAAAAAGCUUUAGCAUUUUAAUUUCCAUUCCCUCCUACUGUGAACCCUGAGCUAUCUUCUUUGCACUCCUGUCUACUGUUUGGUCUUGUUGUGUUCUUUGUUAUUUGGGUGCAAUAGCAACUUCUCUGUGCAUUCCAUCUUUUAAGUUGUGUAAAGUUCUUCACUUUUUCUCGAGGGUAUAGGGGGUGGAAGGGUGGGAUCAGCAUGAUUAUAUUUUAUUGUAGAAAAUGUGACCUGGAUAUAAAAUGAAAAUAAAUAUUAAAUGAAAGUU